UGCAACAAUCACAGAACUUCAUCCUUUGUUUAGAUCAAAAUUUAAAGAAAUAUUAUUUUUUAAACUCGGUUAGAUUUAGAUAAAUAGUUUAGAAUAGCUUACUGACAAUUUAAAGUAACAAUUUCAACCAAAUGACGUUACAAAAGUCGUAGAAUGCAACAUUAAAAACUGGAUUCACAGAGCUGGGGCACCUCAAUCACCGGGAUUCUUAUUCCAUUGAUAACUUCGUCUCCUGAGCCGGAAUUUUCUAAGUUCAAUGAGAAGAAGAUAAAGAGGUUUUGUUCCAAACACACAUGAAGUAAUAGCAAAGCAAUCGUUUCAAAACCAGUCACCAGUGGGUGUUCAUCACCAAUUCCUCAUUCUUCCUACAAUGUCUUUCGCUAAUAUCAACUCGCUAGAUAGAACUGAAAUAGAACAAACAACACGUGUGGUGGAGUUUCAGAAGAAGGGAGAAGAAGCUAUGGGAAUCACCUUGAAAUUGGAUGACAACAAUCGUUGUAUUGUAGCUCGAAUUAUGCAUGGAGGAAUGGUUCACAGACAAGGUUCUUUACACGUUGGAGAUGAAAUCCGUGAAAUAAACGGAGUUCUUGUAACAAAUCAAUCAGUAGACAUGCUACAGAAAAUAUUGAGGGAAAUUCAAGGUAGUGUCACUUUCAGAAUAAUCCCAAGCUUCAGAAAUGCCCCACCACCUUGUGAGAUUUAUGUUCAUGCUCAGUUUUGCUAUAACCCCUACGACGACGACUUGAUCCCUUGUCCACAGGCUGGAGUGGCAUUCCAGAUAGGCGACAUUCUACAAGUUAUUAGUAAGGACGACCACAACUGGUGGCAAGCCAAAAAGGAAAGUGCCAAUGAAAGAGCAGGACUUAUACCUUCACCUGAGCUGCAGGAAUGGAGAAUGGCCUGUCUUGCGAUGCAAAAAACAAAAUCAGAUCAAGUUACUUGUUCAAUAUUUAACCGAAAGAAGAAGCAUUUUCGUGACAAGUAUUUGGCAAAGUACAGCGCCAUCUUUGAUCAAUUAGAUGUACCUACAUACGAAGAAGUAGUUCUGGUACCUGCAUUUAAAAGGAAAACGUUAGUUCUUCUUGGUGCCCAUGGUGUUGGAAGGCGACAUAUAAAAAAUACGCUCAUAAGUAAACAUCCUGAGAAGUACGCCUAUCCAGUACCUCACACAACAAGACUGCCCAGAAAGUCAGAAGAAAAUGGAAAAACUUAUUUCUUCGUGUCUCACGACGAGAUGAUGGCGGACAUAGCAGCCAACGAGUAUUUGGAGUAUGGAACGUUCGGAGAAGCUAUGUAUGGAACCAAGCUAGAAACAAUUCGGAGUAUUCAACUAGAGGGGAAAAUGGCCAUUCUUGACGUAGAACCCCAGGCUAUAAAAAUCCUCCGAACAGCAGAAUAUACCCCAUACAUAGUUUUCAUCGGAGCCCCAUCUUUAUCUGGCAUAAAAAGUUUGUCAACUGAUGGCAGCCUGGAGCGACUGGCCAAAGAGAGUGAAAUUCUUCAACAAACCUAUGGCCAUCUUUUUGAUUUUACUAUCACCAACAAUAACAUUGAGGAGACAAUCGAUACACUGGAACAACAACUGAAACAAAUUAACAAAACAAGUCAAUGGGUACCUGUGAGCUGGGUGUACUGAUGCUCAGUUCUAUAAACAAGUCCUCGUCUUCCAGAUAUUUUAGGGACCAGUUGCCAGUGUUGUCACAAGAACAAGAAACAUAUUUUAGUACGACAAUAACAACAUAUCCUGUUGUGUCCCAGAAAGCAUGUCAUGUAGCAUCUGUUUAUUCAUCUAAAAGCAAUAAUUGUGUUACUUUCUAUUGCAAAAAUAAAACUGUAUCAACAAAAUAAAGUACUAAAACUUGCACUAAAAGGAAGUUCUGAAUUAGAGAUGUUGUAAUUAAAAGUUUUAAACAGUUUUAUUGUUAGAGAAUUACUUCAUAGAAUUCAAAU